AUGUCUACUGCAUCGCAAGAGAAUGUUGACCCGCAAGGAGACGUUAUGAAAGCAGAAGCCAAUUCAUCUUCCAGCAGCGAAAGCGCGGGAGAUGCUGUCACUCAUACUCGAAAGAUCCGAGGCCUUCCAUGGUUCCUCACCGUCGUCGCUGUCCUCUCCAGCAUGCUCAUGUAUGCUCUUGACACAACAAUCACAGCAGACCUCGGUCCUAGCAUCGUGACACAAUUCGACAGCAUCGAACUUCUCCCCUGGCUUUCGGUCGGAUUCAUGCUCGGAGGCAUAGUCGUCGUUCUCCCACUUGGCAAGCUCUAUGGCAAAUUCAACGCAAAAUGGCUCUACAUCAUCUCUCUGGUCAUCUUCCUUGCAGCUUCGGCAAUCUGUGGAGCUGCACCCAACAUGGACGCUAUGAUUGUCGGCAGAGUCUUCCUUGGUGCCGCCGGCAGUGGAAUGUAUUUCGGUGUUCUGAAUUUGUUGUCUGUAUAUACGGAAGACAAGGAACGUCCGAUUUAUCUCUCACUCGUUGGAUUCAUCUGGGGCAUCGGCACUGUUCUUGGACCUGUCGUUGGAGGAGGCUUCGACAAAGUCUCGUGGAGGUGGGCUUUCUACCUGAAUUUGUUCAUUGGUGGCGUGUUCGCUCCAAUCUACGUCUUCUUGUUGCCGCCUUCGGAUCCACAACCUGGGAUGGCUACUAAAGCACGACUGAGCAAUUUCGAUGGGCUUGGAUCCUUACUCUCAACUGGCUGCUUGCUCUGCGGCAUCAUGGCGAUUAACUUCGGGGGCGCAUUGUAUAGCUGGAGCAGUGGAAGCAUCAUUGCUCUGUUCGUCGUUGCAGGUGUGCUUCUGAUUGGCUUCAGCCUGCAACAAGUGUUCUCCUGGACGACCUCUGAGACCGAAAGAAUGUUUCCAGUCCAGUUCUUCCGCAGCAAAGAAGCAUGCUUGCUCUUCAUCUGUGCCGCAUGCUCGAACGCUGCAGGGUUCAUUCCGAUCUUCUAUAUUCCGGUCUACUUUAUCUUCUCAAGAGGCGACAACGCUCUGGACGCGGCUGUCAGGCUUCUGCCACUGAUCACGGUGAUGAGCGCAUCGAUUAUUGCGAACGGCUUCUUGAUGAGUCGGUGGGGCUACUACAUGCCGUGGUAUGUGGCCGGCGCAGCACUUGCUUUGGUCGGCAACGUUCUGCUCUCUUUGAUCACUGCUAAUACAGCAGUCGCCAAUAUCUAUGGCUACGAAGUACUAGUAGCAAUUGGAGCUGGUCUGUUCAUCCAAGCUGGAUACGCUGCCAUACAGACCGUGGUGGAGGCUGCUGAAAUGGCAUAUGCCAUCGCAUUCAUGAUGCUCGCACAAUUCAUUGGAAUCGUGUUUGGUCUUGCAGUGGCGGGCGCCGUUUUCGUCAAUGUCGCCAUAAGCUCGCUGCACAGGAUUCUACCUGGAACGCCCAGAGCUGAGAUCCAGGCAAUCAUUGGAGGCACAUCCUCGCACGCUCUUUCAGACAUGUCAGCAGAGUUGCGCGACCAAGUCAUCUCCACCAUCGUCGAGAGUUUGCAAGGCGUCUUCAUCGCUGCUUAUGCAGCAGCGGCUGUCGCUUUGAUUGCUUCUGUGUUCUUGAAGCGAAGCAGAGCUCUGGCAUAG